AUGGAUCACACCAACCACACUUGGACCCAAAGUUUCAUCCUUGCUGGUUUCACUACCACUGGUACUCUGCGACCUCUUGCUUUCUUGGGGACCCUGUGCAUCUAUCUUCUCACCCUGGGAGGGAACCUGUUCAUUAUUAUUCUGGUUCGAACAGAUUCUGGACUGUCCACACCCAUGUACUUCUUCAUCAGUGUCCUCUCCUUCUUGGAACUCUGGUAUGUCAGCACCACGGUGCCCACGCUGCUACAUACCUUGCUCCGUGGACGUUCACCCAUCUCUUCUGUUUUGUGCUUCAUACAGCUGUAUGUCUUCCACUCCUUGGGCAUGACUGAGUGUUACCUACUGACUGUCAUGGCAGUGGACCGCUACCUUGCCAUCUGUCGCCCGCUCCAUUACCAUGCACUCAUGAGCAGACAGGUACAGAUAUGGUUGGCAGGGGCCACUUGGAUGGCUGGCUUCUCAGCGGCACUUGUGCCUGCCAGUCUCACAGCCAGUCUUCCCUUCUGCUUGAAAGAAGUGGCCCAUUACUUUUGUGACCUGGCACCUCUAAUGCAGUUGGCAUGUGUGGACACAAGCUGGCAUGCUCAGGUCCAUGUUGUGGUGAUUGGAGUGAUCAAUGCAUGUAACCUUGUACUCAUUUUGGGACUCUACGGGGGCAUCCUGAGAGCUGUAUUGAAGCUGUCCUCUACUGCCAGUCGUGCCAAGGCCUUCUCUACCUGCUCCUCUCAUAUGACUAUAGUGAUACUCUUCUUUGGUUCUGCCUUCAUUGUCUAUGUAGGGCCACCUGAAAUCCGGUCUGAGGGCAAAGACAAGCUUAUUGCCUUGGUGUAUGCUCUUUUUACCCCAUUCUUCAACCCCAUUAUUUAUACAUUUCGUAACAAAGAGGUUAAAGAUGCUGUGAAGAGACUCACUGCGAGGAUGAGGACUGUGUUAAAGGGGUCCUGA